UCGUUAAUUUCGACGCCACUCACUUCCACGCGAACACCAAUUAAUUCCUUGCGUUCCCACAAACGCGUCCUAGACGAUGAAUUGACUGUAUCUUUUUCGCAUUGGAAUUGCCCUGCUUGACCGACGACUACAAAAUACAGGCUGAAUGGCAAUUCUUCCCUCUUUGACGGGGCAAAUAUGUCUUUUUCACCCACUACAACAACAAUAAGAUAAUAACAACCCUAUGCAUUUCUGCUAUACAUGGAAUGAAUCACAGGAGGAGGGGGUUCAUUUGCCUUUGCCAUUGCCAUUACAAGAUGAAGAGAAAAAGAUCAGGCCUUGCUGAUUGAACAUUUGAGUACUAGAUAUCGGUGUAACAGCUGGAGGGAAAGAUGCUGUCGAUCGUUGGAGGUGUCCGCCCAAACAUUGACUGUAGCAAGAUUGUGAGAAGAUGUGCUGAAGUGUGUGAGAUUCUGCUGUUAAGAGGCUCAGCGAAAGCUUGUCCAAGGAUCCAGAAAGAUCCAAAUUUUUGUUACUUUAAGACAUAGCAAGAAUUUGAUGCGAGGAAGUAUCGGGGCCAUGCAUUCUGGGUAACUGUAAAAAUACUCUACUGAUGAUGAUUCAGUCUUCCUGGUAAGUUGUAAAUAGAUGCGACACAGAAGAAACAUGUUGAAUAUCUGGGAAGAAGUUCAAGACAGCUAAGGGCUUUUAAGAAUAACAUGGUUGUCUCACCUGAGGUGAUUGUUGACCUGUUUUCUCAAAUUAGUUUUACAUGAUGCACCGGGCUGUCUAGUAGUCAAAGUUUGUUUGCCUAUAGGAUUGCAAAAUGCCUGUGGACUUGGAAACUGCAGAUGUGAUGAAUAGGAUUUUUAAAUCUAUAGAUGAAACAAAGGGACUUGUCAGUCAUAUUGUUGUAUGUAAGGCCAAUUUUCUAAUGAUGGCGUACUAUCUGUUGGACUUGCGGCAACUGGUCGAAGACCUAUCAAGGGAGGAAUGUUUCACUAAUGCCACAUCUUUGGAGGCUCAGGCAUCACUCCAAAGUCUAGCUGAUACACUGGAAGCAAUAUAUUCUUUUACAAAGUGUUGUAAGAAUAGCAGUCGUAUUCUUCUCCUCUAUCAAUCCAAUGCUUUGGUUGACCAAAUUACCAAACAAUUUGGAGAACUGGUACACUGUUUGAGUUUGAUGCUGCAGAGGAGCACAAUGCUUUCUUCGACAACAGAAGUUCAAAUUAAGGAGAUGCAAAAUAAGUUGAGUGAAGCUUUGUUCUAUGUGGAACCAGAGCAUGAGAAAAUAGCUCAACAAUUAUCUCAGGCUCUAAAAAAUGGUCAAGCAGAUGAUAGUUUAGCAACAGAUUUGCUGUGUGUCAUAUCGACCACUCUAAAUAUGAAAUUUUAUGAGGCUGGUGAAUUGAUACAGGAGCUUAAGGGAGAUCUAGAGACAGCAAGGAUUGAGAGAAGAGAAGAAGAGCUAAUCUUACUUCAGAGCCUCCACACGUUACUGAAUCCUGCAGUUCUUCCAGAUGUCAACUUAUUGGUACCAGAGGAUUCUCCUUUUUCAGCCAACGAUUUAGCCAUUCCAAGUUCCUUUUUCUGUCCUAUUACAAGACAAAUAAUGGAAGAUCCAGUAAUGCUAGCAGAAGCUGGUUACACUUAUGAGAGAUCUGCCAUUCUUAAGUGGUUUGAAGGAGGCAACACAAUUUGCCCAAACACAGGAAAGGAGCUGGAAAAUUUCGAACUAAUUCCAAACUUAAAGCUGAAACAGAACAUGGAGGAGUUUUUUGAUCUGAAACGUCAUAAAACAAUGUUGCAUGCCAUUCAACAAAUCAGGUCUCAAGGGACAUCCACUGACGUAGAGGAGUCAGUCAAUACAGUGAAGCAACUGUUAGAUGUUAAUCUGAAAUACAAACGCUUGCUUGUAACUUUAGAUGGGAUUCAGCCGUUGGUUGCAAUUUUGAAGCCAUCUACACCACAAUUGAAGGAAAAGAUAUUUAGGAUCCUCUUUAGUAUUGCAGCUCUGGGAGAUGAGUAUAAGGCAUCGAUAGUUGAGGCAAAAGCUGUGCCAGUCUUAUUACGUAUACUACAAAGAAACCCAGCAGUAAAUGGAGGACCAGUACAGCUUCUUUGGGAGCUAUCCAAGAGUGAGGCUGGGAGAGCAGCAAUUUUGGACGAGAAGGCAUCUGUUGUUGUGGUGGCCAGUGCUUUCAACUUGUGUACCAGUGACCAGAAGUUGCAAGCAGAGCAGCUUUUAUACAAUCUUUGUGAGCAUGACAGCACAGCUAUCAUACAAGCAGCCACUUCAGGAGUUUUUGGACCGUUAGUUCGGAAACUAGCAUCUGGUGAUGAAGAUUUGCAGCUAAAGAUGGCAGAAACUAUCUGCACUCUUAAUGUCAAUGAAAAGAGUAUGCAUUCUCUUGUGGGUGCUGGUGUCAUUCAACCUUUGCUGAACCUUCUGCAGCAUGGUACAGAAGCUUGUAAAUUAAAAGCUGCAAAAGCAUUUGAGCUGCUCUCCAGUUUUGAUGAUAACAAAAUUGCCAUUGCAAGAUCUGGCAGCCUGUCUGUUCUUGUCAAAGCAGUUACAUCUCAAUUUCGUGACAUUGUUACUCUUGUUCUGGCCACUCUUGCAAACCUAGCUACAGAAAAGCAAAUCGCUGCUGAAAUUGAACACGAGGGAGCUGUUUUGCAGUUAAUUGGGAUGUUCACAUGGGAGGACAUUAAUAUUCAUGAAAAUGCAUUGAGAACUCUAGAUCACAUGGCUAAAGACAACCGUAUGGUCCGCCAAUCUAUAGCACAUUCUAAGGCAAUUCCUAAAUUUUAUAGCUUACUUCAAAGUGAGAAAAUUUCUCCCUCGUGCAAGACAAGCAUCUUGAAUCUUGUCUCAUAUCUCGCAGAAGAUCACAGUACACGGUCAGCAAUUGUAAAUCCAAGAACAAUAGUCGGUUUUUUUGUUCGGCUUCUCAAAGGUCAAUCUUCAGACGAGAGGGAAGCUGUUUUGGCUAUUCUAUCUGCAAUGGCAAAAAUGGAGGAAACAAAGCAUAUAAUGGUUUUAGAAGAAUCUCUGCUGCAAAUAUCAGUGGAGUGCUUGAAAUCAGAUCGCCUAAAGGUAAAGGAGUGUGCUGUAGUGAUUCUCUCAAAGCUGACCGAUCCAAAUCUUGUAGACAAAUCUGUCCAGUUGAAUCUGGCAAGAUUGGGUAUGAUUCCUCUUCUGAUUGAUGUCUUGAAGAAUGAUUCAGAGCGUGCAAAACAACAUGCUGCUGUUACACUUGGGCAGUUAUCCAUGCAAACACCUAAUUUAACAGAAAAGCAGUCAUUUAUCAAGAAGCUGCUUGCAAAGCUUGGAUUUGCCAAGUAUAAAACCUGCAAAGUUCAUGCUGGCAAGUGCAGCGCGAAAGGAACACUUUGUCUAGUUGAAUCUGAAGCUGUUCCUCAACUAAUUGGUUUGAUCAAUGAUGGUCGGAAUCGAAGUGCACAGAGAGCAAUUGAAGCUUUACUCACUCUAGUCAAGGGUAGUGAGAAUAUGGAGAAGGGCAUUGAUUAUCUUGUGAAAAAUGACAUAAUUGUCCCACUUGUUCAAAUUAUAGGAAAUAAUGAAAAUUCAACUGAAAAAGCAGUGAUGAUGUUGGAAAGAAUAUUUAAAUGCCAGAAAUAUAGAAACCCAAGAUAUGCAAAUUUGGCUAAGCAGGCAUUAUACACAACCAUGGCAACUGGAAAUACGGAUACUCGCAAGGCUGCAGCCACAGCAUUGAUGCAUCUUGGAAUGGUGCCAAAGAGUUCAACAUAUGCACACACAGGAUAAACAUAUGUUUGGGACAAAUUGUUUGUGUAACUGUCCAUCUGUUCCACCUGAAAUUUUUGAACAGAUUGGCAGACUUUGUCCAUUCAUUGCAAUUCAUGUAUCAUAUCUGUCUGGUGCCAUUCUUAUCUGCUGCACCAUAUUUACCCGACUCCAUAUUCUAAGAGUUUGUGAAGUCCUUGUAGUAAUAAGAGUUCAAUCUCAACUGUAUGAGAUAUCUAUUCUUCUGGAAGAGAAAUGGGAGAAGAAUAAUCUGUCUGGGAGGAAUUAAACAUCCUCGUUCUGUCUAAGGCUGAAAUGAAGAUGUACAUGACUCCUUCAAAUUACUUCAUAUCAAGCCUGCCAUGACAUAUAAGAUGUUCCAGUGCAUAUGCUCUCUAUUUCAGGUUGUCAAAACUUGAGAAAUUGACUGUCCUCCAGUUGUCAGCUUUCCCGUGAUUGAACUUUAGAAACAUAUUCUUUAUAUGCAUGACUUCAACAGCCAACGUCAAUUUGUUUUGUUUUUGACAUUCUGAUUAUUGUGGAAACCUUGAAUAUUUGGAAUUACAAAAGGUUCUUUCAAAAAAUUUGUUCUCUGAGAAUGAAGUUACUGCUGUGUUGUCAAAUACUUGUCCUUCCAGAUAGUAAUUAGAAGAGAUUCAGGUUGACCAUGACAUUUGGAAGAAAUUCAAGAUGAUCUAAAAGAGCAUUUACUCUGUAAGUCACUCUUUGCAUGCAUAUAAAAUCGUAUCAUGUAGUGAGUGUUGAUGUGGAGAAGCUUAAGCUAAUGAUAAGGGCUCUGGGGUUGGUUGAGUUUUGCACGAAGUGUAUGCUACACUUUGUUCAAAAGUCAAUGUUUCCGAGGAACAGUCUCAUCUUUGUUUUCAGAUAUUCAAUUAUGGAAAAACAUCUCAAUUGUAUUAUUAUCAAGCACCAUUUGGAACCAAUAUAACCUUGUGUGCGUAACAUUCCCAUGAAUGAGUAAAUUUCAAUCCAAAUUCUCUAAUUUUUUUUAAA